AUGGCAUCAUCGAGUCGAGGAAUCCAAAUUGGCUCUGCGUGGUUUCAACGCAAAAUUAACCUAAGACCACAACACAGGGGCGUACAUUUAGUAACUGAAGAAAUUCUUAAACAAAUACCAGAAAUAUCUCAAUUCUCCGUUGGUUUAUGUCACAUACAAAUUUUGCAUACAUCAGCUAGCCUUGCCAUUAAUGAAAGUUGGGAUCCAAACGUUCGAGAUGAUAUGGAGAUGAUGUUGAAUAAAAUUGUACCAGAAGGUUUACCUUAUCGACACUCGUGUGAAGGACCAGAUGACAUGCCAGCCCACGUAAAAGCAUGUUUUCUUGGUUCAUCAAUAACAGUACCCAUUACUGAAGGAAAAUUGAAUCUUGGCACAUGGCAAGGUAUUUGGCUGUGUGAGCAUCGAAAUCAAGCUGGUAGUCGAAAGCUAGUGAUUACAUUAAAUGGAUCACCAAAUUCAUCUGCAAGUGAUUGUAACCGAUCACCAAUGUCUCCGUCCUCGCCUAUGGCUUCAUUAAGCAGUUAG